CAUUUUUUCCAUAUUGUUCUUUAUUAUUAUUUGAUAUUAACAAAAAAUAAUUUUUCUUGUUCAUGUUUUAAACGAAAUCCACUUUUCAAAUAUACAAAAAAACGCUCCGAAGAAAAUUUCUUAAAACCCUAAAAUUUUGAUCAAAUUAAAAAAAAAAAACCAAAUUGCUGUAUCUAAUCAAUGGCGAAUCUUCCAAUCGUGCAAUUCGAGAAGAAAAUCAUAGAAACAGUGGAGCAGAAUCUAGUGGUGGUGAUAAUAGGAGAGACCGGUUCGGGAAAGAGCACUCAGCUCUCUCAGAUGCUCCACCGAAAAGGCUACACCGAUUCCGGAAUCGUCGCAGUCACUCAGCCCCGCCGCGUGGCUGCCGUCUCCGUUUCCAGGCGAGUUGCGCAGGAGCUUGGUGUUAGGCUUGGGGAAGAAGUAGGUUAUGCUAUUCGGUUUGAAGAUAGGACUUCGGAAAGAACACAAAUCAAAUACCUUACUGAUGGAGUGCUCCUUCGUGAAAGUCUGUCGAACCCGGAACUUAAUCAGUAUUCUGUUAUUAUUUUGGAUGAAGCCCACGAGAGGAGUCUGAACACGGAUAUUUUGCUGGGGUUGAUGAAACGUUUGGUUAAAAGACGCGCCUCCAAUUUAAAAGUUCUGAUCACAUCUGCAACCCUUGAUGGUGAAAAAGUGUCCAAAUUCUUUUCAGAUUGUCCCUUGUUGACUGUCCCGGGAAAAUUAUUUCCUGUGGAAAUAUUCUACAGCAAGGAGCGCCCUGCAAGCUAUCUUGAGUCUUCACUAAAAACAGCUCUUGAUAUACAUGUUCGGGAACCAGAGGGUGACAUCUUAAUAUUCAUGACUGGACAGGAUGAUAUAGAGAAGUUGGUAUCAAAGCUGGAGGAGAGAGUUCAGAGUCUAGAGGAAGGCUCCUGCAUGGAUGCCAUAAUCCUUCCCCUCCAUGGUUCCUUGCCACCUGAAAUGCAGGUGCGUGUAUUCAGUCCUCCACCUCCAAACUGUAGGCGUUUUAUUGUUGCCACAAACAUAGCUGAAACUUCUUUGACAGUUGAUGGUGUUGUGUAUGUUAUUGAUUCUGGUUAUGUAAAGCAACGGCAAUACAACCCUUCAACUGGAAUGUAUUCCCUUGAUGUUGUUCAAAUUAGCAAGGUACAAGCUAAUCAACGUGCAGGACGAGCUGGAAGAACACGUCCUGGGAAGUGUUACCGUUUAUACCCAUCCAGGGUUUAUAACGAUGAAUUCCUUGAUGUAACAGUUCCUGAAAUACAGCGAUCUUCUCUUGCUGGCAGUGUUCUUUAUCUAAAGUCGUUGGAUCUCCCUGAUAUCGAUAUUCUAAAGUUUGAUUUUCUCGAUCCCCCUUCUACUGAGUCAUUAGAAGAUGCUUUAAAGCAACUCUAUCUGAUUGAUGCUAUUGAUGAAAAUGGAUCAAUCACAAGCAUUGGGCGAACAAUGGCCGAGCUCCCAUUGGAACCUUCACUUUCGAGAACCUUAAUUGAGGCAAAUGAAUAUGGUUGCUUAUCCCAGGCUCUUACUGUUGCUGCCAUGUUAUCAGCAGAAACAAAUUUGCUUCCUGGUCGAAGCAAGAGUAAUGAGAAGAAAAGGAAACACUCUCCUUUGGACCUUCCUGAUGGUUCUGGUUUUGGUGAUCACAUCCAGUUGUUACAGAUCUUUGAAUGCUGGGAUGAAAAUGACUAUGAUAUUGGCUGGUGCAAAGAUUAUGACUUGCAGGUGCGAGGAAUGACAUUUGUCAAAGAAGUUCGAAAGCAGUUAUCUCAGAUAAUGCAGAAGAUAGCAAAGGGGUCUUCAGAUGUUCAAGCAAAUCAAAAUCGGAAAGGACACCAGAAUUAUAGGAAUUUGAGGAAGGCAUUGUGCAUAGGCUAUGCAAGUCAGCUUGCUGAGCGGAUGAGGCAUCAUAAUGGCUAUCGAACACUGGGUUUUAAGUCCCAACUAGUGCAGGUGCAUCCUUCCUCUGUGCUAAGGCCAGAUGACGAUGGAUUAUAUGCAAAUUAUGUUGUCUACCAUGAACUUAUUGCUACUUCACGCCCAUACAUGCGCAAUACGUGUGCUGUGGAGAGGCAAUGGGUGAUACCGAUUUUAGAGAAGCUUGAGAAACUUAAUGUCAGUAAAUUAAGUGGUGGUGGAUUGGGUCAUGUAGAAGAGGGAACUGAAGGAAACAUGUUAGACUUGCCGAAAGGGAAAGCUGAUAUUGUUACAGCUCCUGAAGAUCGCGAAAGUAAAAUUCAGGCAGCUAGGGAACGCUUUCUUGCUCGCAAGGGAAAGAAAUGAGCUUGGAUAUUGUGUUACCGCUGCAGUGGCUGCUUGGUUACUCAUGGGGCCUGCCAAUUUUGAAAAAGGUUGACGAGAAGGAGAAUCAUGUUUGCUUUCUCUCCCGGUUCCUAAUAUUUAUUCGUUUGAACUCUGCCAAUAGCAUGCAAACCGUAUACUCCUUUCGUCCCAUUUCAAGUGUUCACUUUUCUUUUCUGGGAGGUCCCAAAAUGAAGUCUUUUUUCCAUGAUUAGGCCCCGGUAAAUGAGAGUUCGGCGCACUGCUUACAGCAUGCUGCUGGAGGUAACUUUACACUGUAUUUUGAUUACUUCGGGUGAAGCUGCAAAUUUUAUUCCUUCACACAAAAUCACAAGAGUUUGGAUAUAAGCUGAUGGUGGGAUUAUCUCUACUGUUGAUGUGAUUCUUGUUUAAUAUACCCUAUAAUUGUAACAAAUUUCUUUGCAUCCACAGAUGGAAUGAAGAUGGGAUAAAGGCUAAGUUUACCGUCACUUUUUUCCUUUCAUUGAACUGAGUUCCAUUAAUUUGCUCCGAAGGAGAUGGAGAAAUGUCAGCAUUAGGUCACCGCAAGACGAUGGGAUUUGCUAAAUUUGCCUGGGAUGCUAAAAGAUCAGGUUGACAGUCCAAUGCCAGGUAGUGGGCCUUGCUUUAAGGAAAUAGGAAAUGGGAAUUUCAGAGGGGAUCUAAUCACACAAUCCAAUGCCCUGAAUUUUCCAUCAUACUCCAUAGAAGGUUUUCUAUCUAGCCCCUGACCAAAAAGAGUAAUUUGCAUCGAAAUCCACCAAUGUUUAUCUGACAAAUAUCCAGAGCACCUAGGUAAACGGGCUUGGUUGGGCCAAGGAAAUGUAAAGGAUGAGUGGCUCAACUUGGAUAGUUAUGAUUGGGUUUAGCUCAUAUGAUUCGAACCCAUUUAUAUGUUUUACAAACUUUCUUUUCUUUUUUAAAAAAAAAAAUCUUGAGCGAUGAAAUAAGUAGAUCCGAUGACAUA